GCAGAAGCAGGGGAGAUAAAGCAGACUGGAGCCGGCUGUGAGUGAAUAGGAACCCGGAGAAGAGAAGCAGACAGGAGGUGGACUCUCGGGAUACAUGGUUAAAAGAUGGCAAGCAAGCGUGCAGGAUCAGAUCCAUGGCAAGAUUGUAUGGAAGUUGCAGUUACUAUUGCCCGAAAAGCUGGGGCUGUUAUUUGUGAUGCUUUGAGAAAAGAACAGACUGUUCAGAUUAAAAGCUCUCCUGCAGACUUGGUGACUGAAACCGAUCAAAAUGUUGAAAAAAUGAUUAUAGGCACGCUAAAGGAAAAGUUUCCUUCUCACAGUUUUAUUGGUGAAGAGUCUGUUGCAGAUGGAGCAGCAAGUAUGUUAACAGAUAAUCCAACAUGGAUAAUUGAUCCCAUUGAUGGCACCACUAAUUUUGUCCACAGGUUUCCCUUUGUAGCAGUAUCUAUUGGCUUUUCUGUGAACAAACAGAGUGAAAUUGGCAUUGUAUAUAGCUGUAUGGAAGACAAGAUGUACACAGCUCGAAGAGGGCAAGGUGCAUUCUGCAAUGGGCAACAAUUGAAAGUGUCUGGACAAGAAGACAUCAGCAAAGCUCUUAUAGUAACUGAGCUUGGGUCAAAUCGCACACCUGAAGUCUUGAAGACAGUUCUUUCAAACAUGGAAAAAUUAAUCUCAAUUCCAAGUCAUGGAGUUCGAGCUAUGGGAACUGCAGCUGUAAACAUGUGCAUGGUGGCAACUGGUGGUGCAGACGCCUACUAUGAGAUGGGUAUUCACUGCUGGGACAUGGCAGCAGCCACACUAAUCGUUUCUGAGGCUGGUGGUGUUGUGCUGGAUAUAUCAGGAGGACCAUUUGACCUGAUGUCCCGCAGAGUGAUUGUUGCAAGUAGCAGAGCUAUUGCAGAGAGAAUAGCAAAAGAAGUACAGAUAAUCCCCUUUCAGAGAGAUGAUUAGAAGGAAUGAGAAUAUAUUACUCUAUAGAAUGUUUUUAAUACUUUUACUCUGACUUUAAAUAGAUUUUCACUUUCAUUUGCAAACGUGAUAGGAAUAUCUCUGAACUCGUCAAGUAAAAUUGAUAAACUGCUCAAAUCAAUUUCAGUUGCUGAUGUACCUGGUGCUGUAACACAAUAUGCAUCAAUAUUUUAGUAAAAGAUUUUCCAGUUUCUGUGGAAGCUGAUCAGAAACUAAUGGAUUUAAAUGCAACUAGAAUUUGAAUUAUUGCUACCAGUAGUCUACAUGGACAUUUCCUUGCUUGCUAUCUGUUGAAGUACGUGAACACAUUCCUUGAUUGUUUUGAUAAUAAAUGUUAAAGAGAGCAUAAAUUGAAUGCAACCAAUAUAUUAUUUUGGGGUAGAGUUUCUGCAUUGGACACAGUGCAGAAUUGCACUAAUUGAAAUAAAGUGCAGGUAAUAAUCCGGCUAAUCGACAUAAAUUUUGCCUAAAAUUGCAUCUAUUUUAAUAAUUAUUUUCUUUAGUUUUUACUCAAACUUAUUUGUAUAUUGACAAAUCCAAAUUUUAUCAUGAAGCAACAAAAUUGGACUGUUAUGAUUGUAAUAUUUUUAAAAUAAAUUGUUUUAGAAGGUAUUGUUGUAUUUGAAUUCUAACCUUAUGCAAUUUGAUUGUUUAUCACAAUAAACAAGCACUUUAAUCGGUGUCCAGUCAACAUGUGAAUAAGCUGAGUUUAGGAUCAUGGAAAUGAGUUCCCAAGAGUGUAAAGGAUAAUUUGUUUGUGCAAAGGAAAGUUGCCUCCUUAUAUAAUAUAUGAACAUUGAUAGAGAGGUAAAGGAGCUUGGAUUCAUCUGGCCUGUAUCACACCCCUGUGAUACAGGCACUUGCAAUACAGUGAUUUUUUUGGGUGUUAUGUUAAUUUUGGGUGAAUUGGGUUGGAAAAACCUAACAUGUGCAUACAAAUGGAAACUCUACCCCUCUAUAUAAUAAAUGGAAUAGAUGCAAAUGUCAAAUCAUUUGUUAAGUACAUGGCAACGUCUAGGUAUUUUGAAACUCGUGAUAAAUGCUUUAAGCUGAAUUCUUAAUUUCAUCUACACCUCUUUGCAAGUUAGAGAGUUUUGUUGUGACUGUCUGUGUGGAGUUUGCUUGUUCUCUCCAUGUCUACGGGGAUUUCGUCUGGGUGCUCCAGUUUCCUCCCACAGUCCAGAAAUGUGCAGGUUAGGUGGAUUUCUGUGGGAAGUGCAGGGUUGCGGAUAGACUGAUGAGUCUGGUUGAGAUGCUCUUUGAAGAGGCGGUGUGGACUUGCUGGGCUGAGUAGCCUAUUUCCACACUCUAGGGAUUCUAUGGAAAUAAAAAUUAGCCCCGUUCAUUUAAGUUUAGAAUCUGACUUCUAAAUUGAACUUUUGUCUUUCCUCAAUUUAACUUGUACUGAGAACUGUGCCUGAACCAGCAUGCUUGCUUUACCAGUGCUACCCAGUUUACUCUUGUAUACCCAGCCUUAUAGAAUUGAAUGCAGUGGUUUGUAUGCUUUUCAAAUUGCAUGCAUAAAUUCAGCCUUCAACUAACCACUCUUGACUCUGCAGAACUCUGAGAGGUCUAGGGAAAUCUGAGUAUUCUAGUAUGUGAAGCAAAAAUGUUAUUAUGCAGAUACAGCAUGUGAUUAGGUAGCAUUGUGUUCCCAGUUAUUAUAAGGGGAAUGGAUUAUAACAAUAAAGAUGUUUUGAUACUGUUGUGCUGGGCAAUCAUGAGACUUCAGCUGGAAUACAGAAUACAUAUUUUGGAUUUUUGUUUAAGAAAGGACAUAAAUGCAUUAGAAAAAGUUCACUCUAAUGUUGACAACAUCCUUGCAAUCCCAGGUUAUCUUAAGAAGAAAGGUCAGAUAGACUCAACCUGUAUAAGAGUUUGGAAGAAUGGCAAGUAAUCUUAUUGUAACAUAGAUGAUCCUGACGGAACUUGGGUUGGAUGUCUGAAUGGGUGUUUUCUCUACAGAAUCAUAGAAUCUCUAGAGUGUGGAAGUAGGCCCUUCAGGUCCAUGCUAAUCGUCUAAAGUACAUCCCACCAAAAUCCCCAUGCCUGUACCCUUCUUUUCCCAUUGCCAAUCCACCUAGCCUGCACUUCUUUGGAAUGUAGGAGGAAACCAGAACAUUCAGAGGUAACCCACGCUGACACGGGGAGAAUGUCAAACACCACACAGCCAGUCACCUGAAGCUGGAAUCAAACCCAGGUCCCUGCUGCUAUGAGGCAGCAGUGCUAACCACUGAGCCACUGUGCAGAUGCAAGGAUGAGGGGACACAACUGAAAAAUAAAGGGUCUCCUAUUCAAACAGGAGGUGAGGACACUUUUUUCUUUCUCAGAGUUGUGAAUCGUUUGGCACUCUCUUCCCCCAGAGAGUGGUAGGAAUAGAGUCAUUCAGUAUUUUAAAAGCAUAGAUAUAUAACCUUUUUGACUCCCUUGUUAGUCAAGAAUCGAUCAGGAGUAAAUGGAUUCGAAGCCACAGUCAGAUCAGCCAUGAUCUGAUUUUAAUAGUAGAGGAGGUUCAAGACACCAAACCAGCUUCCUCCUGCUUCUGAUACAUAUGAAUAUCCUCACAUCUGACAAGUAUUAGUGAGCUAUUCUAAAGCUGUGUAAUGGAUAGCAGUUUAGAAUGGUGUACCAAACCAAAUUAGCAGACUCCCGUCCCAUAGUACAGGGAAGGCUCUGGAAUUACUGAAAGUUGUAGCUCGAAUUUUAGAUUCUGGUUUAAUUUAUAGUGAUUGCUUUCUUAAGUUAGAAUUCAAUAUUGUCAUUACGAGCCAGAUAUUUGAAUAAUUUGGGGCUUUUUUCCUUUUGUAAUAUUCCUUUGCAUGUAUGUGGAAAACCAGGAGCGUCUGUAAUAUUUUAUGUCAGAAUGAAAUCAUUUGUGGAGUGAUGUUAUAUUCUGCUUGGGUGCUGCAUAAAUGCAAAUUUUAGGAAAAUGUUACAAUUUAUGGUUAUGCAUGUUAUGGGGAUAGACCGCUGAUGUAUGUCCAUUAGCCUGCAACUUCUGGGGAGGAAAGAUUCAUGCUCGUAAAAACAAUCCAACAAUAAAUAUCAAUAAUGACAGAG